GGAGGUGACGUUGCCCACCGUCUGCUUCCUUUCCACGAGGCUGUCGGUUACGGAGCGCGCUUGCUGCCGAACUACUAUGCCGGGGAAGCUUCUCUCAGAAGCCGAGGUCGAAUCAGAGGCGGUCAUGGAGGCGGCGGAGCAGACGCGGAAACAUAAGCAUAAGAAAGAUAAAAAAGAGAAAUCAAAAAAUGAUAAACUGGAAAAGGAGCCCCAGGUAGAGACUGAGGAGCUUGACUCACCUAAGCCCAAAAAGGUGAAAAAGGGGGAAGAAGUCAUUUCUCCAAAGCCUAAAAAGGCCAAGAAGAAAGAACAACUCCCAGAGGAUGAGGAAGACUUUUCCCCUAAACCAAAAAAGGCCAAAAAGAGUGAGGAAGGGUCUGUGGAUGAGCCCAAAAGCCUGAAAGAGAGAGGGGGCGCUUCUACAGAUGAGGUCUGCUCUAAGGCCAAAAAGACCAAAAAGAAAGAGGAGCCUUCUGAAAUUGAAAGCCCCCUGAAGCCCAAGAAAGCCAAGAAGAAGGAAAGAGAAGUAAAUGGAGACACUGGAGAGAAAACACCAAAACUGGAGAAGGUGAAAGUAAGUAACGGAUUGUCCCACUCCAAACAGGCAUCUGAUUCUGAGGAGUCCAGUGAAGAAAGUCACAGUGAGGAGGAGCAGGAAAAUCAUCUUCCUAAAGGAUUAGAAAGCCACACCCUUAGUUCUAAAGGAUUAAAAUCCCAGUUGCCAGCUGGACUAACAGAACAAGUCAAAGAAGAAGAAGAGGAUGAGGAUGAGGAUGAGGAUGAUGAUGAUGAUGAUGAUGAUGAUGAUGAUGAAGAUGAAGACCAAGAGUUGGAGAAACCCAAAAAAGACAAAAAGAAGGAAAAUGAGAAAGAUUCUAAAGCUGAAGACACUGAGGAGUUAUCUGCAGAGCAGAAAGAAGGUGCUUUCUCUAAUUUCCCCAUCUCUGAAGAAACGAUUCAACUCCUCAAAGCCCGAGGAGUGACCUACCUGUUUCCUAUACAAGCAAAAACAUUUCAUCAUGUGUCCAGUGGAAAGGACUUAAUCGCUCAAGCCCGGACAGGAACAGGGAAGACAUUCUCUUUUGCCAUCCCCUUAAUUGAAAAACUUCAGGGAGACACUCAGCCCCGAGCAAGAGGCCGUGCACCAAAGAUCCUGGUCCUCGCCCCUACAAGGGAACUGUCAAUCCAAGUCAGCAAAGACUUCAGUGACAUCACCAAGAAGUUGACAGUGGCUUGUUUCUAUGGCGGAACGCCCUAUAAUGGCCAGAUCGAUCUCAUUCGGAGAGGGAUUGACAUCUUGGUGGGCACCCCAGGCCGCAUCAAAGACCAUCUGCAGAAUGGCCGGCUGGACCUCACCAAGGUGCAGCAUGUUGUGCUGGAUGAAGUGGACCAGAUGUUGGACAUGGGCUUUGCUGAGCAGGUGGAAGAAAUUUUAACUGUGGCUUAUAAGAAAGAUUCAGAAGACAAUCCCCAGACAUUGCUUUUUUCUGCUACUUGUCCUCACUGGGUGUAUGAUGUGGCCAAGAAAUACAUGAAAUCCACUUAUGAGCAAGUUGACCUUAUUGGGAAGAAGACGCAGAAAGCUGCGGUGACUGUGGAGCAUUUGGCCAUCAACUGCCAUUGGUCUCAGAGGGCAGCAGUCAUUGGUGAUGUCAUCCAGGUCUAUAGCGGGAGUCAUGGACGGACCAUUAUUUUCUGUGAGACAAAGAAGGAAGCUCAGGAGCUCUCCUUGAAUGAAUCAAUAAAGCAGGAUGCCCAGUCAUUGCAUGGAGAUAUUCCACAGAAACAAAGGGAAAUUACCCUUCAGGGUUUUCGGAAUGGUAAAUUUGGUGUCCUGGUGGCAACCAAUGUGGCUGCUCGGGGUUUAGACAUACCUGAGGUUGAUCUGGUUAUACAGAGUUCUCCUCCAAAGGAUGUAGAGUCCUACAUUCAUCGUUCUGGGCGUACAGGCCGAGCCGGACGGACUGGGAUCUGCAUUUGCUUUUAUCAGAAGAAGGAGCAGCACCAACUGGCACAGGUGGAGCGGCAGGCGGGGAUCACAUUCAAGCGUGUGGGUGUUCCUAGUGCUUCUGAAAUAAUUAAAGCCUCCAGUAAAGAUGCUAUCAGGUUUUUGGAUUCGGUACCCCCUGCGGCCAUUAACAACUUCAGGCAGACGGCUCAGAAAUUGAUUGAUGAAAAGGGGGCUGUGGAAGCCCUGGCUGCGGCAUUAGCCCAUAUCUCAGGGGCGACCACUGUAGAACAGCGUUCCCUGAUUAACUCAGAUGUGGGCUUUGUGACAAUGGUUUUGCAGUGCUCCAUAGAGAUGCACAACAUUGGAUAUGCUUGGAGGGGGCUCAAAGAGCAGCUGGGGGAAGAGAUUGACGACAAAGUGACCCGAAUGACCUUCCUCAAGGGGAAGACGGGUGUUUGCUUUGAUGUCCCUGCUGCAGAAGUAAAAUCAUUCCAGGACCACUGGCAGGACUCGAGGCGCUGGCAGCUCUCUGUGGCCACAGAGAGACCUGAGCUGGAACAGCAGCCCGAUGAAGGCAGGGGCUUCUCUAAUUUCCGGAGCGGUGGUGGCCGUGGUGGCCGAGGCGGCGGCCGAGGUGGUGGUGGCCGAGGUGGCCGGAGCGGUGGUUUUGGUGGCUUCAACAGGAAUGACAAAUUUCAAAACAGAGGCCAGAAGCGAAGUUUUCAGAGAGCGUUUUCUCACCGUUAGGAUGCACAAAAGGACAGGACUACAUGUGGAGACAGCACUGCACUCUGCAGACUAUACAGAUUAUUAGAACUGCUUCCUGCUUCCCUUUUACCACUCACCAGAGGAGCCCUCAGUGCUCAUUGCAUUGAGUGGUGUCUGCCUUUGGGUUCUUCCAUCCUUUUGUCUGCCAAGUCUACAAAGGCUUUAGUUUGAGGAUAACAUCCUAAAUGUAUGUGUUCUAAUUCUAAAACUCACGUCAAUAGAUUGCUUUAAAUCAAGUCCAUUCUCUGCCCAGACUACCCUCCUUUGGCGGUAGUUGUUAUCAACGGUGUCUCUGGAUACGGUUUUACCCUAAGGACAGUCUCCUGGGCACUCAUGCUCCAAGGACCCUUCCUGCGUAGCCAAAGAUUGUUUUUGCAACAGAUAUUCCCAUUUGGCCUGUUGAAUGAAUUGUCCUGGGGGAGUCAUCAGCUAAGGGUAAAUACUGAUGAGCAUUGGGCAUUCGGCUUGUUCUAGAGUCUGGGUCCUGCUAACUGGCAUAUCCACAGAGAAGAUUGUGGAUUUGCUAUUAAAAAACGUGUUUUUGUACAUCUAAUGCUGCUUUUGGUGCUCAAGAAAUAAAUUAUAGGCAUUCUCGGUGGUGUGGGAUCCAAGUUGCUUGAACCAGUUUCUAUCAGGCCUUCCUUCCUGGUAGAAGAAAAAUAAGUGAAUUGACAAAAGGUGUCUAACAGUGUCAGACAUCAGAAGAUAAUUUCAUCCCUAUUCCCACCUGGGAAGAAAGGAAGGCAGAUAUUUUUAAAUCUACUUUGAACUCUUCUUCCAUUUGGGAAAGAAACAUUGCUAUUUAUUAGAAUGAAAAAAAUGUGGAUUUGCUAAGCAGAUGAAAUAAACAGUUGGAUAACUUUUUUAAUUAUGAGAAAAAUUUCAGACACCAUCUUAGGGAGGCGUAAAACCCAGUGCAGUGAUUGGCAAGCUGGUUCUCGUUUAGUAGUAGGAAAAUAAUUAAGUUGAUUUUCAUUCUGUAAAUUUUUAUAACCCUGUAAUGUUAGUGUUCAUUUACUUUUUAAUUCUGCAGACAUUUAUUAAGUACCUACUGUGUGCUAGAGGUCUUUCUGUGUGAAAAUGGUUUAUUCAGUUGCUGGACUCUUCCUGUUCUGUCAAGUAUCUUUGGAGACUCCAUCAAUGAUCUGAGUCAUGUCCAUUCCUCCCCCCAUAAGGGUGUGUCCUGACUGGGUUCCCAUUCCUCCUCUGGGGAAUCUUCUGUGGCCUUCUCCUAGACCCUGCCCCUUGUCUAUGUGCAGGGGUGUGUUAGGCCUAAUAGUCCAAAUGAGCAGUUAACAAGCUUUUGUGAAGCCCCUUUUGGGGUUACCCACUCUAAUAAGAUUUAGUGGAAGGAACACUGGGUUUGGAAUCAGAAGAUCUGGAUUUGAAUUUCAGCUCUGUUCUUUACUAGCAAAUCCCGCAAAUCCCUGGGUCUCAGUUUCCUAAAGUAUAGAAUGAGAGGGGCAGACUAAAGAUCUCUAAGGUUGCUUCUGCCUCCUGUGGUCCUGAAGACCCCCAUUUUUUUCUCCUUUGGCUCUCUGAAACACCAGUUCAUUGGAGACCCCCAACCUCCAGCUGCUCUGAUCAAUGGGGAAACAUGUCCCCUUUAGAAAGUGGUGCCAUGAGCAGCUGAAUCCCCAUUCACUGAUGCUCUUGGAAAUUCUUUGAACUCAUUGUGGUUCUGGUUGUUUAUGCCUGCAUCUGUGAGUGUGCUGAAACCCCUCAAUCCCUGCACCCCCUUUUCAUCUCAGGAUGCUCUACUGAAAGCCUGGAGGUCGGGCUUUUGUUGGACUAGGACUCUUAGUUUUUUAGAUGAUGAAAGUGACUCCCCAGAGAAGUAGCUCCAAUAAGGUACAUGGAGUACAUGUACAUCGAGUACAUGGCAGAGCUUCCAUCUUGAACCCAGAGCUUGUGGUCCUGCAACAGAUCCUCUUUUUAGUGCUGGCUUUGUGGCAUUUCACCCCUUUUUACUAGGUCCGUGUUGGGGCUGUGGGAAGGGGGGAGGAUGGCUUUUACUACAGUUCACAAAACUUUUCCCCUCAUUCCUACAAUUUAGCAAGUUUAUCUGCCUCUGCCCAAAGUAGUGGGCAAACCUUUGCUCCUUAGCCAAUAGCCUUUAUUUUGGAACUAAAGCCACCUAGUACUAAUGGGGCAGUCUAAAGGGGCUUAUGAGUGUAGGCUUUUGUGCUUGGGAAUCAAGAAUGCUCCUACCAUGCAAAAAGGGAAACAGGAAUACAAAAGUUAGUGUGGUGCACUUGAGCUUUGGAGAAUUAGACUUUCAAAAGAACAUGCCAAUGUUCAAAAUGAUGUGAUGAAACUUGUGCUAAUACCAUUCACUAGAACCCACGAUGUGCUUUAUAAAGGAGGUUUUGUUGGGCUGGCCCAGGGACCUCGCCACCAUUUAUUGCCCUUGAGUUCCAAAUGGCUUUUUAUCAAAUGAAUUUAUGGAACACACUUUGGUCAUGAAUUGGCAACUGUCAACAGAAAUUAUUAAAAGUAAAUAUUUUCUAAGAUACUGUCUUAUACCAUAAUAAAAACUUAGUUUCCUUA